AUGCUGAGCCGCUGUGGUCGCCAGGCUUUGCGAUUGGUCCCGCGCACGGGAAGCUCUUCCAGAGCUAUCGCCAUCACUACUACUCAACUCCGACCGGCUGCUCCCUUGCGCGCCUCCAGCUCAAUUUCUCAGAGCCGGAGUGUGUCGUCCUCCAGUCGCGAUGGACAGCAACAUUUGCUCUCCGCACACCUCGAGGAGGAGGACCCCACAAUCUACAAUAUUCUCCAGAAGGAGAAAAAACGUCAAAAGCACUUCAUCAACCUGAUCCCUUCAGAGAACUUCACUUCACAGGCGGUCCUUGAUGCCCUCGGCAGUGUGAUGCAAAACAAGUACUCAGAGGGUUAUCCCGGUGCCAGAUAUUAUGGAGGAAAUGAGCAUAUUGAUGAGUCAGAGAGGUUAUGUCAACAGCGUGCAUUGGAGACCUUCCGACUCAAUCCAGAAGAAUGGGGCGUGAAUGUUCAACCACUUUCCGGUUCCCCCGCCAACUUGUAUGCCAUCUCCGCCCUUCUCAACACGCAUGACCGCCUGAUGGGCCUCGACUUACCCCAUGGUGGACACUUGUCACAUGGUUACCAAACUCCCACCAAGAAGAUCUCAUUCAUCUCGAAAUAUUUUGAGACCCUUCCUUACCGCCUUGAUGAGUCCACUGGUCUCAUUGAUUAUGACGCCCUCGAGAAGCAGGCGCUACUCUAUCGUCCCAAGCUCAUUAUUGCCGGUACUUCGGCCUAUAGCAGAUUGAUCGACUACCCUCGGAUGCGCCAGAUCGCAGACGCAGCUGGUGCAUACCUCCUCAGCGACAUGGCCCACAUCUCUGGUUUGGUUGCUGCGGAUGUACUUCCCUCGCCUUUCAGUCACUCUGAUGUGGUGACAACGACUACUCACAAGUCCCUGCGUGGGCCCCGUGGUGCCAUGAUCUUCUACCGCAAGGGUGUCCGCCGGACGGACAAGAAGGGCAACCCGGAGAUGUAUGACUUAGAGAAUCCCAUCAAUGCCUCCGUCUUCCCGGGCCAUCAGGGCGGCCCUCAUAACCACACCAUUACCGCUCUAGCAGUUGCACUGAAGCAGGCUCAGUCGACCGAGUUCAAGUCUUACCAGGAGACCGUCUUAGCCAAUGCCAAGGCAUUGGCUGACCGCCUUGGCAGCCCUCUCAGCAAUGGGGGUCUGGGUUACAACAUUGUGUCCGGUGGAACGGAUAAUCACCUGGUCCUCGUGGAUCUGAAGAACCGUGGGGUUGAUGGAGCUCGUGUUGAACGUGUUCUAGAGCUCUGUGGUGUUGCUAGCAACAAGAACACCGUUCCGGGAGAUCGGUCAGCCUUGAAGCCCGGUGGUCUCCGCUUGGGUACUCCUGCCAUGACUACUCGUGGCUUCCAGCCCGAGGACUUCCGUCGUGUGGCCGAUAUCGUUGACCGUGCGGUCAUCAUCACCCAAAAACUGGACAAGGUUGCCAAGGAGAGCGCUGCGGCUAAGGGUGUUAAGAACCCGAACACCGUCAAGGCUUUCCUGGAAUAUGUUGGUGAGGGCGAGGAGAUCUCAGAGAUUGUGCUCCUGCGGCAGGAAGUCGAGGACUGGGUAGGAACGUUCAGCCUUCCUUGGAAGGACGAGUAA